CCACUCCUAGACUCCAACGCCGCCGCGCCUGCCUUCCUCUCUUCUCCAUGGACGAUUUGAGCAGCCGCCGCCGCCGCCGGUUUCGCCGGCGCUUGCUGUCGUCGAAAGGGGAGGAAGACUACCUGAGCAAUCUCCCGGACGAGCUUCUCAGCCACAUCCUCUCCUUCCUCCCCACCCUCGACUCCAUCCGCACCUCUGUUCUGGCCCGCAGAUGGCGCCACGUCUGGACUUCCGUCCCCGUCAUCGACUUCUCCUACCUCCAGCUAAAAUCCACCAUGAUCAAGCGCUUCUUCGCUUCCCGCGGCGACAAAUCUGCUUCUCGUCUUCGCCUCUCCGGACUCAGCAAUUUUGACCUAGGAAUCAAAUAUAUCUGUCCCUCGUUCAAUUGUGAUUUCGAUUGUGAAUCCUGCAUGAGCCGUGACAUCCUCGUCUGCACGAUGGUCGACUACGCCAAAUCCCACGACGCCCGACACGUGACUCUCCUCCGGCUCUUCUUUCAGUAUCUCAGCGAUUGUUUUUACGACCAACUGUUCGAUUGGCCGUCGCUCGAAUCCCUGGAUUUGGAAGUCGUCGGCUGUAAGAAUGGCACAUUAUUCAACUUUUCCAAAUCCGUCAUCUCCCUCAGAUUGAGCAAUCUCAAGACACUUUCCCUCUCACUCGGCCAGAAUGCUAUUCAUGACGAGAGUUUAGCGAAACUGCUGUCGGCCUGUCCUGUUUUGGAAGAACUAACAUUGAGUGCAAAAUAUUUCCGAGCCGCACACCGACCCAUUCGAAUAGAAGCUCCAAAUCUUCUCCGAUUGACUCUGAUUCCUACUCCAUCCAAGCUCCAAAUCAACUGCCAGAAACUCGAAUAUCUAAUGCUAAAGCCUGAAGUCAAUUUAACCCACCUGCAUGUCGAAGCACCCUGCUUGACCUCUGUUCGGUUAUACAAUAUUUGGCGCUUUGGAACAUUUGCUCAGACGCUAUGCGAUGUGACUACGGUAGCUGUAACUUUGUCAGAUAAAUGUCUUUCAGACUCGACUCCGAGAUUCUUGGAAAAAUAUAAGGCCGUGGUCCGAGGGUUUCCCAUCUUUCGCAAACUGCUGGAGUUGAAGAUCAAAAUGUAUGUGGCAGAAAAGUUCAGCUUGGACAUCGUAUUUGAUCUUCUUCGAUGCACGCCGAAUCUGCAGUCGCUCGUUUUAACUGAGAGCGAAAAGAGACCGUGUGAUGAUGAGGAUUUCAAUGAGUGGGAGAAGAAUUUUUCAUCAAGAAUCAAUGAACCCUUGGAGCGUCUGGAAAGGGUUUCGUUGAAUAUCAAGAGUGAAAGAAUCCGGUCGGCAAUUCUAAAGAGGCUAUCAGAGACUGUUCCAGUGUGGGAUCGAGUGGCAGUCACCUGCUAAUCUGGAUGAUUUGCUAGUUUCACAAGAAUGUAACUUCACGUACAGCCAUGUGAAGAUCCAUUGUUGUGUGUUCCUUUCUAGCAAAAACGCAUUCUGAAGCCUGUAGAUAGAUAGAUGAACCUUGCAGGCAGCACAUGUAGAUUGAGUCUGACUUGUUGUUACUAGGAUUAGAUUGGCUGCAUUCCAAGUUUGAAAUCAGAACCAGAUGAAACUUAAAAGUCAAUAAACAAAGCAAAUGUGAUUAUUCCAUAACAACCUUUUAUGUGCAAGGUAGGAAGUGAAUAAAUGUGGUAAAAG